AAUCAUCAAACGGAUUAGCUCAAUCCUUGCAGGAACAUAUCAAUUUUUUUUUUUUUCUAAAUUUUUUUUUUAAAUUAAUUACUCAGUUUAAAAAUUUUUUCAAUAAUAUUUAUUUUUUCUUAAUUUUCUUGUAUAUAAAUUUUUAUAAUAAUUUUUGUUUUUUAUAUUAUCAAAGACAACGCUCUAUAAAAUCAUAAAACUGCCCACAUUGGACAUAGACCGGAACCAUAUACCUCUACCUUUUUCCACAGUAUAUAUCACUCCUCCCACCCUAAUAUUAUUUUAAACUCUCUCCAUAUACAACCCUGAAUUUUAUAUACAAAUAUAAAAACCAUUUCAUACAUACAAACAAACCAGUGACGCUCAAGUCUUGUUUCUUUAACUUGUGCUUCGUAAUACAAAAAGAGUUAAUAAAAUUGCAUCUUAGUAUUCGCGUGACUGUUGGUUGGGGUUCUUCUUGCAAUAUCAUCAAUAAUUUUUGUUUAUCGAUAUAUAUUUUUUUUUUUUCGAAAAUAUAUAUUAUUUUUUUUAAUAAUAAACACAAACACACACAAGGAAUCAACAUGAGACUUAUCGCUAUAAUUACCGUUGCAUUAUUUGCCUUGGUAGCUGGUACAAUGGCACAAGAUUACAGUCAGCUGUUUGCUGGUUUUGGACCAUAUAUUCGUGCAGCAUCACCAAUGAGAGAUCCACGAGCUAACACAGGACCAGUUCUAUUUCCAAUGGGACCACCAGAAAGUGGUGGAGAAACAAGUGGUGUUAUUGUUGGAGCUAGUGGAUUUGGAUUUGUACCACCCAACUCAGGUUUUUUUUAUUACUUUUAAACUGGAUUGACUGAAGCUUUAACAACACAAUAAGAUGGGACAACGGAAUAUUAAUUAGCUCAAUGUUUUUAAAGUUUAAAAACAACAAAAAAAUGAUUUAUUUUUUGGAGGUCAUAUAAACAACUAUGGUGACCUUCAAAUGAUGAAUAUCAUGAAUAUAAUUAUAUCUUUUCCUUUCACCAAAUUGGAUCAGAUUACUUUUCGUUAUUUAUAUAUAAUUAUUAUUAUUUUUUUAUUUUAAAUAAUUAUCUUUGUCAUUGAAUGAUGAAGACCAAUUGUCUGGUGCAAUUUAAUAUUUUGCAAGAGACUUAACUACAAAAAGAAAAAACAAUGUGUGAUGAAAUUGUUGUUAUUUAUUGAUUUCAUCGUGAGAUAUACUUGAGUGUGAUUCAUGUCUGGGGGAUUGAUUGCCGAUGUCGGGCAAAUAUAUAUGUGUAUUUUUUUUUUUCUUUUUUUACAUCAUACGAAGGUGAUGCAUAACCUUCCAGGCAAAUAACAGCAUGCAGUGUGGAGAAUCGUUUAAAUUAUGACUUUUCUCAAUAUGCAAUUUAACUCGUGUUGAGAAUUUUUUU